AUGGACGGGGCGGCGGCGCGGUUGGCGCUGCGGGCGCUGCUGCUGUGCCUGGCCGCCCGGGGCAGCCCGUCGGCGGCGGCGGAGGAGGAGGAGGAGGCGCUGGUGGCGCCGCUGCGGCUGGACGGCGGCCGGCCCGAGGAGCGCCGCUACCGCCUCGACGCCUUCGGGCGGCGCUUCAGCCUGCAGCUGCGCCCCGACAGCAGCUUCCUGGCGCCGGGCUGGGCCGCGGGCGACGAGGCGGCCGCCGCCUUGCCCGCCUGCUUCUACGCCGGCACGGUCAACGGGGACCCCGCCUCGGCCGCCGCCCUCAGCCUCUGCGGGGGGCUCCGCGGCGCCUUCCGCCUGCGAGGCGUGGACUACCUCCUCCGGCCCCUCCGCGCCCCCGACGCCGGCGCCGCCCUCCCGCCGGGGGGAGCCGUGCCCGGACUCCACCUCUUGCGCCGCCGGCGGACCCGGGCGGGCGGCCGCGCCCAGUGCGGCGUGGCGGACGCCGCUGGACCCCCGCUCGACGGCGGGCGGCAGCCGCCGCGCACCUGGCGCGCAGAACAUGGAAGUAUAAGGAAAAAAAGAUUUGUGUCAAGCCCUCGUUAUGUGGAAACCUUACUGGUAGCAGACCAGUCUAUGGCAGAGUUUCAUGGCAGUGGACUGAAGCACUAUCUCCUGACACUCAUGUCUGUGGCAGCCAAGUUGUACAAGCACCCUAGCAUCCGAAACUCCAUCAGCCUGGUGGUGGUGAAAAUAAUUGUCAUCUAUGAUGAGCAGAAAGGACCUGAUAUAUCUUCAAAUGCUGCCCUCACCUUAAGAAAUUUCUGCAACUGGCAAAAGCAGCACAAUCCUCCCAGUGACCGGCAUGCUGAGCACUAUGACACUGCAAUUCUUUUCACCAGACAGGAUCUCUGUGGCGCCAAGACAUGUGAUACUCUUGGGAUGGCUGAUGUGGGGACAGUUUGUGAUCCAAACCGCAGUUGCUCUGUCAUAGAAGAUGACGGCUUGCAAGCUGCCUUUACAACCACUCAUGAGCUAGGACAUGUAUUUAAUAUGCCCCAUGACAAUGCAAAACAGUGUGCCAGUAUUAAUGGUAUAAGCAGGGAUUACCACAUGAUGGCAUCUAUGCUUUCCAAUUUGGAUCGAAGCCAGCCUUGGUCUCCGUGCAGUUCUUACAUGAUUACUACAUUUUUGGACAACGGUCAUGGUGAGUGUUUGCUGGACAAACCUCACAAGCCUAUACAGCUCCCUUCUGACUUACCUGGAACAGUGUAUGAUGCCAAUAGGCAGUGCCAGUUCACAUUUGGAGAGGAAUCCAAACAUUGUCCUGAUGCAGCCAGCACGUGUACAACCUUGUGGUGUACUGGAACCUCCGGAGGAUUGCUCGUAUGCCAAACCAAACAUUUUCCUUGGGCAGAUGGUACCAGCUGUGGAGAUGGGAAGUGGUGUGUGAAUGGCAAGUGUGUAGAAAAGAAGCAUUACGAUACUCCUGUCCAUGGAGGCUGGGGACCAUGGGGACAGUGGGGAGAGUGUUCAAGGACAUGUGGCGGAGGAGUCCAGUAUUCUGUGAGAGAGUGUGACAAUCCAGUGCCAAAGAAUGGAGGAAAGUACUGUGAAGGGAAACGGGUGCAGUACAGAUCCUGUAACAUCGAAGACUGCCCAGACAGCAAUGGCAAAACCUUUAGGGAGGAACAGUGUGAAACUCACAAUGAUAUUUCCAAAUCUCAUUUUGGAAGUGGGCCUGCGGUGGAAUGGACACCCAAGUUUGCUGGCGUCUCUCCCAAAGACAGAUGCAAGCUUGUCUGCCUUGCAAAAGGCACUGGCUAUUUCUUUGUUCUCCAGCCAAAGGUAAUAGAUGGAACAUUAUGUAGCCCGGAUACCACUUCAGUCUGUGUCCAAGGGCAGUGUGUAAAAGCUGGAUGUGAUCGCAUCAUUGGCUCCAGUAAGAAGUUUGAUAAAUGUGGUGUCUGCGGAGGCAAUGGCUCUACAUGCAAGAAAGUAUCGGGCAUGCUUUCUAGUUCCAGCCGUGGUUACCAUGAUGUUCUUUUGAUUCCUGCUGGGGCAACAAACAUAGAUAUUAAACAACGGAAUCACAGAGGCGCAAGACAGGAUGGUAGCUUCCUAGCAAUUAAAGCUGCUGAUGGCACCUAUAUUCUUAAUGGCGACUACACACUAUCAACAUUAGAACAAGACAUUACUCAUAAAGGCAAUGUUUUGCGGUACAGCGGCUCAUCGGCCUCUUUGGAAAGAAUCCGCAGUUUCAGUCCGCUGAGGGAAUCUUUAACAAUACAAGUCCUUACUGUAGGUGAAUUACCACGUCCUAAAAUAAAAUAUACAUACUUUGUGAAGAAACCAGCACAGUCCGGGCCUGAGAAGCCUUCUAGUAAAAAGACUGAAUCUUUCAAUGCAAUCAAAGAAACAAUUUUAUCUGAAUGGGUUAUUGAAGAAUGGAGAGAGUGUUCAAAGUCAUGUGGAACUGGCUGGCAGAGGAGAUCUGUCGAAUGUAGAGACCUCAGCGGACAGCCUUCAGAAGACUGCGCAAGAGAACUGAAGCCAAUUGAUAUCCGGCCGUGUGCAGACACUCCGUGCCCACGGUGGCAGCUAGGGGACUGGUCGCCGUGCUCAAAGACAUGUGGGAAAGGUUUCAAGAAGAGAUCAUUAAAAUGUGUUUCAUAUGACGGCAUCACAUUGUCACAUGAAAGCUGUGACCUCUUAAAGAAACCAAAACAUUUAAUAGACUUUUGCAAUCUUACAAACUGCAGCUAAACCAUAACAGGUUGAGAAAGCUAAGGGUGUAAGUUUCAGACCAAAGCACUGAAAAGGAGGGGGAACGGUAGCAAUUGUGUAAUUCUCAUUGCAGAAUUCACAAUGGAGAAUUUACUGAGAUGGGGCAGUGCAAAUAAUGUUGGAAGGGGUGGAUUCUAUCAACCGAAAACCUGAUAAAACAGCAAACUUAUGUCACUAGCUAUUUCAUCUUCAGCACAUAAAGCCCCGAGGCAUUACAAUUUCCUCUUUUAAGUCUGUUACAAGUUAAAGAAAACAUAGGCAGUAGCCAAAGCAAGUUUAAACAAA